AUGGCACUACUACAGAUUCUAAUGAUUCUAAGGGUUCUGGUGAAUCUUCACAAUUCCGUUCAUUCAGCUUCACAUUCUGCUUCUUUUAAUCAUUCUGCUUCUUUUGAAGGUUCUGGCUCUUCCGUGGAUUCUAACAAGUCUAAUGAUUCCAAUUCUGCUACGAAUUCUAAAGGUUCUGACUCUUCUAUAGAUUCAAACAAUUCAAAGGAUUCCAAUUCUAUAGGGACUUCCCGAUCUUCAUUAGGUUCCGGGUUAGCAGAUUCCUUUGAAAGUUCUGGUUCAUCAUUAAUUUCUAACGAUUCUAAGGGUUCUGGCUCAUCCUUACAUGUAAGUUCUGCAACUCGCGCUGGUGCUACGGGUCAUGGCUCUUCAUCUUUCUCACAUUCAAGUUCAGCUUCAGGAUCAUCCUCACAUUCUAGUUCAUUUUUACAUAAUGUGCCUUCUGACGGUUUUGGCUCUUCAGCAGAUUCUAACAAGUCCAAGAAUUUCGAUUCUGCUACGAUGUCUAAAGGUUCUGGAUCUUCCUCACAUUCAAAUAAUUCAAAGGAUUCCGGUUCUACUGAGACUUCCCAGUCUUCAUUAGGUUCUGAGGCUUUGAAUUCCUCUACGACUUCUAGUUCAUCAUCAGCUUCUAACGGUUCUAAGGAUUUUGGCUCAUCCUCACGAUCUAGCUCCGCAACUCACGUUAGUGCUACAAGUCAUGGCUCUUCAUCGUUCUCACAUUCCAAUUCUACAGGAACAAAUUCCCAGUUUCCACUAGGUUCUGGGGAAACAAAUUCCUCUAAAAGUUCUGGUUCAUCAUCAACUUCUAACGAUUCUAAGGGUUCUGGCUUAUCCUCAAAUUCCAUUUCUGAAACUCACAUUGGUGCUACGAGUCAUGGCUCUUCAUCUUUCUCACGUUCAAGUUUAGCUUCAGGAUCAUCCUCACAUUUCGCUUCUUCUGAAGGUUCUGGCUCUUUCACGGAUUUUAACAAGUCAAACGGUUCUGGUUCUGCUAUGAUGUCUAAAGGUUUUUACUCUUCCGUAGAUUUAAACAAGUCAAAAGAUUCCAAUUCUACAGGGACUUCCCAGUCUUCAUCAGGUUUUGGGGCUACAAAUUCCUCUGAAGGUUCUGGCUCAUCAUCGGCUUCUAGCAAUUUUAAUGGUUUUGGCUCAUCUUCAUAUUUUAGUUCUGCAACUCACGCUGGUGCUACGAGUCAUGGUUCUUCAUCUUUCUCACAUUCAAGUUCAGCUUCAGGAUUAUCCUCACAUUCCGAUUCAGUUUUACAUAACGCUUCUUCUGAAGGUUUUGGCUCUUCCGCGGAUUCUAACAAGUCUAAUGAUUCCAAUUUUGCUACGAUGUCUAAAGGUUAUGGGUCUUCCUUGGAUUCAAACAAUUCAAAGGAUUCCGGUUCUGCUAAGACUUCCCAGUCUUCAUUAGGUUUUGGGGCUUCGAAUUCCUCUGCAAGAUCUGGUUCAUCAUUAGCUUCUAGUGAAUCUAAGGGUUCAGGAAUAUCCUCACAUUCCAGUUCGACAACUCAUGUUGGUACUACAAGUCAUGGCUCUUCAUCUUUCUCACAUUCAGGUUUAGCUUUAGGAUCAUCCUCACAUUCCGGUUCAUUUUCACAUUCUGCUUCUUUUGAGGGUUCAAACAAUUCAGAGGAUUCCGGUUUUACUGAGACUUCCCCAUCUCCAUUAGGUUUUGUGGCUUCACAUUCUUCUACAAGUUCUGGUUCAUCAUUAGCUUCUAGUAAUUCUAAGGUUUCUGACUCAUCCUCACAUUCUAGUUCCGGAACUCACGAUGGUGCUAUGAGUCAUGGCUCUUCAUCUUUCUUACAUUCAAGUUCUGCUUCAGGAUCAUCCUCACAUUCCAAUUUAUUUUCACAUUCAGCUUCUUCUGAAGGUUAUGGGUCUUCAAUAGAUUCAAACAACUCAAAGGAUUAUGGUUCUACAGAUACUUACCAAUCUUUAGUAGGUUCUGGGGCUUCAAAUUUCUCUCAAAGUUCUGGUUUAUCAUCAGCUUCUAGUGAUUCUAAGGGUUUUGGGACACCAUCGUAUACCAGUUCCGUAACUCACACUGGUGCUACGAGUCAUGGCUCUUUAUCUUUAUCACAUUCAAGUUCAGCUUCAGGAUCAUCAUCACAUUCCAAUUCAUUUUCACAUUCCGCUUUUUCUAAAGGUUUUAGCUCUUCAGCCGACUCAAAUAAGUCUAAGGAUUCCGAUUUUGCUACAACUUCUAAAGGUUCUGACUCUUCCACAGAUUCAAAUAACUCAAAAGAUUAUGAUUCUACUAAGACUUCUCAGUGUUCAUUAUGUUCUGGGGCUUCUAAUUCCUUUGCAGGUUCUGGUUCAUCAUCAGCUUCUAGCGAUUCUAAGGGUUUUGGCUCAUCCUCAUAUUCCAAUUCUGCAACUCGAGCUGGUGCUAUAAGUCAUGGCUCUUCAACUUUCUCAUAUUUAAGUUCAGCUUUAGGAUCAUCCUCACAUUCUGCUUCUUCUAAAGGUUUUGGCUCUUCUGCGGAUUCUAACAAGUCUAAGAAUAUUGAUUCUGCUACGACUUCAAAAGGGAAUUCAAAAGGUUUUGACGCUUCUACAGGUUCAAAGGAUUUCGAUUAUACUAGGAUUUCUCAGUCUUCAUUAGGUUCUAGGGCUUCGAAUUCCUUUACAAGUUCUGGUUUAUCAUCAGCUUCUAGUGAUUCUAAGGGUUUUGGCUCAUCCUCACAUUCCAGUUCUGUAGCUCAAGCUGGUUCUACGAGUCAUGGCUCUUCAUCUUCCUCACAUUCAAGUUCAGCUUCAGGUUCAUCCUCACAUUUCCUUUAG